AUGUUCAGAAGAGUUCUCGCCACCGCGCCUGCGCAGGCCAGCAGAGCUCUCCAGACUGCCACUCGCCCCACCACCACCUCCUUCGCCAGAACCAUCACACCAGUCGCGCAAGCAAGCCGACGAAACUAUCACGAGAAGGUGCUUGAUCAUUACAACAACCCGCGAAAUGUUGGAAGCAUGAAGAAGGGAGAGCAGGACGUGGGCACAGGUCUUGUUGGUGCACCGGCAUGUGGCGACGUGAUGAAGAUCCAGAUCAAGGUCGACCCGAACAGCGACACCAUCACUGAUGUGAAGUUCAAGACGUUCGGCUGCGGUUCUGCCAUUGCGUCAAGCUCAUACUUGACUGAGCUGGUGAAAGGCAUGACUUUGGAGCAGGCGGGCAGGAUCAAGAACACUGAGAUUGCCAAGGAGUUGUGUUUGCCACCUGUGAAGCUUCACUGCUCCAUGCUUGCAGAAGAUGGCAUCAAGUCCGCCAUCUCCAACUACUACAGCAAGAACCCGAAGGCCAAGGCUACUGAUCUUGGUGGCACUGGCGCGUCUAUGCCCAGGAUUGAGGUCGAGAAGCUGCCAGCUGAUGCACCUGCGACUGCCACUGCUUAA